CUUUUUCUCACUCACUCUCCGGAAGCGCCUGUGUCGUCGUUGCUUCGUCCGUGGACUCGCCUCUCUCUUUCUUCAGAAAGCGACGAGGAGUGAACUCUUCCCUCCUGCUGUCCGAGCCGCCGCGACUCAAACGGGAGGCGCGGGGAGACUACUCUUCGAUCUUUUGACAAGCCUCGACGCUGAGCUGUGCUGCUUUCGCUUUAAACAAGCGUUUCUGCCCGAGAAGGCGAGGUCCAGCCGGCGGCAGUCUUCCCCUUGUCGCUGCUUUUCCGUUGCGUUCUGUGCGCCGUGGAAUAUGUCUGCGAGUUCGACGGCUGCGCGGUCGCGACGUUUCGAGAGAGAAACGCGAGAAAGGCGCAUUCCCUUCGCCUCGUAUGCUGACGAACUUUGCCACUUUUCCUCUUUGCUGCGCUUCUGCCGGCCGGAGCCGAGGCCGCCGUGCAUGUCAGGGCCCAGGUGUACGUACACUGGCGGCGCUGCAGUGGCGAAACGCUUUCAAAACAGACCAGUUUUUCUCGUGUGAAAGCCUUGGGACACCGAUCCUGAGCUUGUUUCGUUGGGCAUUCAACUCAGCCUUUCUCUCGCGUGCUGUCGAACGAAAACGCGGCACCUUCAGCAGCCUUUUUCCCCCGCGCUCGCGCGCCUGUCUUCAGUCUCCCGUUCCUCUUUUUCUCGCUUCUCCACGCAGAAGGAACGUUUCUCUCCGAGAAUUUCGUCUCUUUCUUCCGCUAUUCCAGAUUUCGUUCAAAGAGAACGUCUCAUGUGCCUGCUUCGCCUUUCUUUUUCCUGUGUCUACUGUGUGUCUCGGUGUGAAUCGCUGUUGCCUACGCUCUCUCCCUUGUCUCUCUGUUGCGAGUUUCUUUCUCUAACUCCUUCCCUUUUCUUUUCUACAAGCCCCGAUCUGUCCUUCUUCAGCAUGCGCUCCUUUGUGCGUCUUUUGUAGUCCUUUCCUCUGCCUCUGCCCUGACCCUCUCCGAGUCUUUCGCUUCUCGGCCUCUGUUCCCUCUCCUGUGCAUCUGCCUCUGUAUGUCCCCCCUGUUUUAGCAAUGUCGCCGUCUCCCUCUCUGCCCGAGAGCUCCAACGCAUGCAAUGGAGUCUCUGAAGAGCUGGGCGGUCCUCCUCCCUCCUCGGCCGCCUCCUCGGCCUGCCCUCCCCAGUCUGCUUCUCCCUCGCUCUUUCCUGCUUCCUCCGAAAGCCGUGAGGAAGCGCCUGUCGUUCGAUGCAGACACCUGCGCUACUCAUACCAGGUCCCGUCGCGGCAGCGGCCUCUCAGCACGGAGUGUACAGACAGCUGCCAGUUGCUGCCGCCGAGCGGGGUCUGUCUGAGCACCGAGUUUCUCGACUCCAUGGCUCUCGCUGCUUCUUCCGUCGACGCCGAAGGAACGACGUCCGCAGGAGAGAGAGGCGCUCGACAGGGCAGAGGCGAGGAAAACCGAGGAGCGGGAGGACAUGGAGAAGAAGGGAGAGAAAGGGAAGAAGCGGGAGGACAGAGAGAGUAUCAGCUGUUCGACGUAUCGCUGGAAAUCCCCAAGGGUGCGAGAGUCGUCGUCAUUGGAAGCAACGGAGCAGGGAAGAGCACUCUCCUCAACAUCCUGGGGGGCAAAAUGCUCAUCCCAGAAGGAAUGGCUUUCGUGCUCGGUCGCCCUGCGUUCCACGACGUAUCCCUCGGCCGCGACGUCGUCUGUCUGAGCGAAUGGUGGAAAGGAGACUUCGCUCUGGAUGUACCGCUGUACGACCUCGUCGGUCCCGUCGUCGAGGCCCAUAUUCAGGAGAAGAUGGAGAAGAAGCGCGACGCUUCUCUCGCGCCAGACCAGGCAGAGUGUCGUCGCCCUCGCGGCUUCUGGAGUCGUCUCUUCUACGACGAAGGCUUGUUCUCGCCGCUCCCCUGCUGUUCUUCGUCGUCUGCGUCUUCGCCUGCGUCGGCGUCUGCGUCGGCGUCUGCGACUGCAGGAGAGGGUGAACGUGAGAGACUGGGCGAGGAGGAGUGCGUCGUGAGUCGCGUCCGACGGCUGGUGACUCUGCUGGGAGUCGACAUGCGCUGGCGAAUCGCGCGGAUAAGUGACGGCGAGAGACGCAGAUGCCAGUUGCUCGCAGCUCUCUGUGAACCGAGGAAAGUGUACAUUCUCGACGAGGCUACGAGCGACCUCGACCUCGUCUCCCGAGAGGGCCUUCUCCGCCUUCUGCUGCAUGAGUCGUCGCGCCGUGGUGCGACUGUGCUCUACUCCACGCAUAUUUUCGACGGCCUCGAUGAGUGGGCGACGCACCUUCUCUACAUGCGAAAGGGAAGACUUCAUCUCUACCGGCCUCUCUCUGAGCUCCCGGCACUUGAGGAACUGCGGCGAUCUGGACACUCUGCGCCGCUCUACGCCCUCGCGCGCCAGUGGCUUUUCGAAGAGUGGCAACACCAGCCUCAGCUUCUUGCUCUCCAGCGUCUCUGAGCGCCUUCACCUUCGGUGGAAUGGUCGCUUCGUCACUCGCUGGAGGCAUGCAUGCGUCUCCUCUGCGGCGAAGCCUACAAGGUGAAGGAGAGUCUUUUUUUCUUGGGAGAACGCGACGACGGCGGAAGCAAAGCACAGACGAAACGGAUAAACUGUGAAGAAGACGACCAAGUGUUCGCUUUUACUGAAGCGUUUUUUAGGGCCAGUGUCCUGUUUCAUCAUCCUCUCUCCUGUUGCAAUUGCUGACGUACAUGUAUACACAUAUGCAUACGUAAAUAUAUAUAUAUAUAUAUAUAUAUACGCAUGCAUAUAUAUAUAUAUAUAUAUGCAUAUAAAUAUAUAUAUAUAUAUAUACAUUUAUAUACUAGUAUGAAUGCGUGUACGAAGGUCUAAAUACAAGCGUACGGGUGUCUACGCGCUGGUUUUCAGAGGGAAUGAACCAAGUAUGUAUGUACAUGUUUGUAUGCACACUCUAUAUAUAUAUAUAUAUGUAUAUAUAUAUAUAUGUAUAUAUAUAUAUAUAUGUAUAUAUAUAUAUAUAUAUGUAUAUAUAUAUAUAUAUAUAUGUAUAUAUAUAUAUAUAUAUAUAUGAAUAUAGAUAUGAAGCUCUCCCCAUCCGUGGUACAUGUAUGUGUGUAUGUAUACAUGUAUGUAAGUAUAUAUGUAUGUGUAUGUGUGUAUAUUUUUUGUAUAUUUGUGUUCUUAUGUAUAGAGGCGAAGAGCGCAUUUCUUUUCCGUGUUGAAAGUCUUUUCUGUGCCGCAUUCGUUGUCGGCAACUGUUGGACUGGAUCUUUGUUGAGCCACGGGCAGUGUAGAGAAGGCGAAGAAUUAUGUCGCUCUCUUCUUUCUCCUGACUCAGCGGCUCAUGUGCAGUGGUGCCCCACUAGACGAGGCAGCCCCGAGAAGGGGAGCCAACGCGAAGAGAGCGACGGCCUCCUUUUUCGGCGAAGAACGUCUGUCUCCAGUGCGGCCAGAGACAGAGGGUCUCCCCGGAAAAGCAGCGAAGCGCCGACGGCUCUCGGGAAGCCACGCAGCGCAUGCAGUUUCAAUCCGAGGCAACAGGCGCUUGUCGCAGGUUUUUCCGAAAAAAAAA